GAAGGAAGAUAGGAGUGGGAGAAGUGCCGGGCAAGCCAGCAGUGGCGCGGCCCGUGCUCCGGAGCAAGAGGCCAGUGCCAGUAGUGUGUUCGUUUACAAGAUGGCAGACGGGCCGUCCGCAGAAGACGCGGCCACCGAGCUAGGGGACAUUUAUCGGGUGCCGAGGGAGCGAUACAAAUACGAAUCGUUGGCGAUGGGUCAGGACGGUGACGGAGCGGCCUCGGCUGCUUUGGUGAGGUUCAUGAGCGCGAGUGACAGUGACGAGACGCGUCUUAGCCUUAGGAGUAGUGAUGACUUGUACGGCGAUGUUAGCCUCGCGAGUGUGAUUGGUGAUGAUGACGACGGUGCGUCGAGUCGAGCUGGAACGGAUAGUACGAGUAUGCCUAGCGACUCUCCGGAGUGUCUCGAUGAGGAUCACGAGAAUUCGCAUGAGCACGACCUGGUCUCCGUCGCGACGGUUAAUGAAUCUCGUCGUCGGGGUGAACGCGUUCAAGCAGACGCCAAUGCUGCGCCCAAGAUCAUCGCCAACGUUGCUGCCGUAGCCGCCGCGAGCGUAGUCGGCAUUUCCAGGCUCAGCAAUCCCUUCAAGGGACAGAUCAGGAGCGCCGAGGACACCCUCGUUGGACCCUGCGGCAAGAAGCGGUGCGCCGAUCGAUACGACAGCUCCGAGAGCUCCGACAGUGGAGUAGCCGUAUCCUGCGGCGAGUGCAGCAGCAGCGGUACCAGCGACAUAACGGAGCCUGGAUCACCCUGUAGCACCAGCAGCGACGAGGGUGUCGCCAUACGAGGAACGGCACCGAGUCCACUUCCGUCCCUGCCCAAGCUGGCGCCACCUACGCCCCAAGUUCACAGUGGCCCCAGGCCCCAAUGGCCCUGGACACCGCCACUGGCCGUUACUGCCUGCUCCACCUACAAGAGGCUUAAGAGCGAACCCGAGGCGGGUACCCUGCCAAGAGCUGGAGCCGCUGACCCUACCUCCAGGAGUAAAUCCUCUGGUGUCAAGGGUCACCACGAGACCCAGGGCAAGAUCACCGAGUAUUUCAAGACUCAGAUCAAACCUCAGCAGCCCAAGAACAAAAAAACCAGUGACAUGUCAGUACUGGUAGCUAAGAGUUCACCGGAGUUCCGACGGCCUCCUACUGUUCAGAGGAACAAGGGUGGACUUGCCAAGUACCUAGGUGCUGUAUCACCCAACAGUCGAUCAAACGAUUGGGAGGUACGGACCCUGACAAUGUCACCACCACCUUCGAAGAAGCCACCGGUGAUAGUGCCCAGGGCAAAUAUUAAUAUGGAGAAGCUGCCUAAACCCGUGCCCAGUCUGCCGAUCUCAAACGACGUCCUCUCGACACUUCCUACUGUCAAGAUAUCCUCUCUCAGACUGCCAUCGGAUGCGAGUCCCAGUGAAAAGGGUAGCUCACCCCCGGCGACUCCUACGGCCUCGUUAACCGGCGAGCCAAUGACUCUUGACUUCAAGGACAGCGUCCACAUUAAACCUAUUGUCAAUGAGAACAAUAAUUUCACGACAACGUUACUCUCCACGAGGAGCACGAACGACUUUCUAUCUAGGUUGAUCGCACCUGUCCCGCAGGAGACUAAAAACAAGGACUCCCAGGAUGAUAAGACUGGUGAACCCAAGGCGCUACUGUCGCCCAUCCUUUCCGCACCUACGACAAUCCGGUUUCCGGCUCAGGUACGUCAAAAAGAUAGGUCACAGGGUACAGACAGCGGCAUCUGUCGCUGGGAUAAGUGCGAGGCCAGCUUUGACUCGAGUAGUUGUCUACUGGAACACUUGCAGUCGGCUCAUAUCAAUACGCAGACUGGAGGCGAUAACUUCGUAUGCCAUUGGCAAGGCUGCAAGGUUCACGGAAGGACAUCCUGCUCCCGUAGAUGGCUCGAAAGACACGUCCUGUCUCAUGGCGGAAAUAAACCCUUCAGAUGCAUCGUCGACGGCUGCGGCAGUAGAUUUAGUUCACAGACCGCCUUGGAGAGGCACGUCAAUGGCCACUUCAAUCAGCCCGAGACGAGUAGCAGUAGCAGCAAAAGAAGCUGUGAAAACGGUGGGAAACUCGUAAGGAGAAAUGGCAAGAGGCUCAGAUAUAGAAGGCAACCUUGGUCUGCAAGACUGUUCGAUUACUUCGAUACGGGAGUAAUGGAGGGUCUGCAGCAUAGGUUACUCGAGUUAGCCAAAACAAGGACCCAAGGAAGACUCGCCGAGACUCCAGGAAACUCGAUGGCCCUAACUAGUCAAGUUUUAGCACGAAGAGUAGAACUGGACGGAAAGACAAAAGUGCUGUUACGAUGGUACCCUCAAGACAUUGCCCCGGACGAGUGGGUCCUGGAGUCAGAAGUACAAAGCACAAAGCAUGUAGGAAUUCGUGAAGUGGCUUCUUCCUUGCCAGACGAAGUGAGUCUCGCUCUCUACCCGGCUCUCAAUGACGGCCAUCCUUCACAGACGAGGACGAAGCAGCGCCGGAAACCGGUGAAGAACUCGUGAUAUCGGACAUCCGGUACGUUCGCGAGUACAUGAGAGAAACUAUCCCACGACACGUCUGUUACGCGACGAGAGUCCACGUUAAUACGGGUAACGGACACAACUAAUAAAGGAUCGGACGGAAGACCAGAAAGAUGACCAAAAUCGGCACAAGGAUCGUCGAACUAUUCACCAGGUGAUAAGAGACGAUCUUAUCUGUACAGAACGGAAAGAAGCACCGUGCUGUUAGCAGUACGAUAAACAGUAUAUAGCAGGAGAGUACGAGCAAGAGAAGAAGAAAGGAAAAAGCAUUGAGAACAAAUAAGUAAAAGAAGCGAAGAGUACACAAAGAACUGAGGAUGACGUGGGAAACGUACCUAGAGUAAUAAGGUCAAGGCGAAGGGUAAUAAUGGAGGAAGUUCCGAGAGGAUUGUAAAACUGUCACGAACCUUAUAUAAUACCCUUAAUUUAUUUAGCCUAAUCUAUUAUCUGUCGGUCGAAGGAUUGUAGGUGAAUGAAGGAUCGUUUAUUCUCGCCAUACUAAGCAGGCCGGAAGUAGACUGGUUAUAUGUCUAAAGGCGUUACCGGAAGGGCUGUAGAUUCGAGCUAAAUAAAAGUGCCUCACCGUGGAUGUUUCACUAACAGAUAAAAAUGAUGAAGAUGCCAAUAUGGUCGGAACGAGUUAGAGAAGGCUCAUGAAACGGGAAGGUCUGGGCGCGCAAGAGAGAGAGAGAGAGAGAGAGAGAAAGAAAACAAGAUAUUCAAUGAAAAAAAUCUAUAAGAUAACUGAUUAUUGAUUAAUUAACUGUUAAAUGUUAGUUAAUGAUUAUAAGGAGAUAAUCACUCUGGUGGCCUUAGGAAUCAAUUAAUAUCUAAUGUCGAAUCCACUUGGCACUUCCGGUGGCGCCAAGGGCGCUACGCAAUCCUGGCCUUAACACAAAGAAAAAUUCGACGAGAAUUUCUUCGAUCUUUGACCUCGUUCCUUGACCUUCGCUCGGUGUAAGAAACACAGCGCGCGCGUACGCGUGCGCUUCCCGCCGAACGAGUAUCACCAAUAUAAUAUAUAAAUAUAUAAAUACAUAUAUAUAUAUAUAUAUAUAUAUAUAUAUAUAUAUAUAGGAAGUAUGGUGUGAAUACAGUAAUAACGUGCGUCAUGCGGAAAUUGUGAGUAGAACGAAACGUGGAUCGUUUGUAUUUGUCCGCCGACAUAUUUGCCUUCGUAAAGGGGGUUGACAGUCUCAGAAUUGAAAAUCGUAAUUUUCUAAUGCAGAAUGUUGAAAGCAAUUAGUAUCAUAAAAGAUAACAACGCCAUACUGAUAAUCGCGGACAGACUGGAAUUCGAUCAACGACUUACUGACGACGCACUCUUUCCUUUUCUAGCAAUUUUUUGAAGCGUGCGCUUCGUUCAAAGCAAUGUACAAAAAAUGAUAGUGGAGGACUUGCUCCAAUUGGCCGGGAUGCGUUCUAUUUUCGUGAAACUUCUCUGAAUUGUUUUGAGACUCAUUUUAAUAGAUGCAGAGAAGCUUUGCUAAUUUUUUUUUUUUUCAUUUUAAUCUCGACGAACGACUUUCGGCCAAUCGCGUUACAGAUUUAGAGACAGUUUUGAGACACUUUAUACAGCAGAUCUUUUCGUCACUUAAACUUGCGCGCAGCACGGCUAUCAUUUAAAUCCUAUGUUCUUUCACCCUUUCUUUUUUACGUUGUUUUUCAUAGUUCACAUUUAUACUAGCACCUUUUUGUUUUAAUUGGAUUUUUGUUUACUCUGUUUAUCAGUAUGUUCAUUGCGAGUAUACUCGAUUUUCUUAUCGAAUAGAUAAUUUAUAAACUGACAAAUGAGCGGACAAUGACAAGAUCAGAAAAAGAGGCAAAUACUAUAUGCUGGCCGUGCUGCGCAGUUGUAUAUAUAAAUAGAUAUCUACCCUUGCUACGAGCUGUUGCCCCCAGAAAAGGGGUAAAAUAUAAAGGCUGUGUUACACUAUCCACCGCGCUCAGGGGUUCAAAAAGAACGAAUAGUAGGCAAGAAGGCGAAUGAACGGAGUGCGCACAUGCGUCUGAGAUUGUCAGGUAUAGAAUCGAUAAACACCAUGAGAAUCGUAAAGAGCAAAAUAUGCAAUGGGAAUGCCGGUUUUUUUGUCGUGUUUGCCGAAACCGCAAAAAAAUCCUUGACUAGUCGAUCGCUCUGUUAAUAAAAUUGGAUUGCAGGACAUGGAAGAUAAAGAGUAAAUCGAGAAAAAUGGAAUAUGUACGUUGUAAAUGUUGAAGGGGGGAAAAAGAAAAAAGAAAAAACAAAAAAAGAAAGCGCAUCGACGUUUUCGAAUGGCCGUAAGGGAAGAAAAGCGUGUCGACGACCCCAACGACGCGCCUAUAAAUAUAGUAAAUAAGGUCGAAUAAGGGAUAAAAAGAUACAUACACAGCCAGACGAAAAACACGUGCCCGUGCACAUACACACUAAAAAAAAAAAAAGAAAAAACAUAUGUACACGUGCGAAGACAUAGAUACACACACCAGCUAAGAAACACUGCCAAUAUGUGUAAUUAAGAGUUUUUAGGUUAAUUAAUGAAUUAUUAUUAAUUACAAUUUAUUCUGUAACCACUAGAUCUCUAGAUUCGCCAAUGCCUAUUACCCGCGUCAUCGCGCACCAUUGUACAUUAAUCCUUUUUAUAUUAUUUUUAAUGUCCGCCGGAUUCUUUUUUUCUUUUCUUUCUUACUCGUCAUUGUCACCACCCCUAACUUCACGACACACAUGGAAAAUUCGUUCCAUCGCACCGUUUCCACGGUCACUGGUCUCGUAGGACCUAUCCGCUAGUAUCUCCAUCCCCUUUACUAGAUCUGUGCCAGCGUGGCCUUCUUCCUGUUCAUCUCAUUAAUCAGGUGCGCAUUGUCCCGGGUAAGAUGGCACGCCUGUAAAUAGUUAGACGAAUUAUUUGAAAGUAGAGCCCCGAACGUUCACGAGUGGCCGCGCGUGCGCGAGGUCACGAGGGCCUACGCGUAGUGUUAAACGAUACACAAAAAAGCCCUGUGUAAUUAUUAUUAUUAGCGAGACGGAGAUGACGACGAUGGACGAAGCACCCACCCUGUAUUGCGUAAGGGUGCAUGCGAGUAACGAGCUGCGAAAGGGGAAGCUUGACCUUCCUUUUUUUUUCCCACUCGAGGGAUGCGAUAAGGGAUGACAAUUGUUGUCGAGCGCCGAGGGGGGAGAUAGGACAUAGAAGGGGCGAGCAAGAGAGGGAAAGAAAAGAAAGAGGAAAGAAAAGAAAGAGAAAAAAAACAUGCGGAGGGAACGUAGUAACGGAGGAAUAACAAUAUCGGGGAACGGAAUGAGAUCUGGAAGAAAAGAGAAAAGGAAAACACUCGUCACUGCCAAACGUCACUGCCAGCUAUUGCGUAUUUAGGAUUUCGUCGAUUUAUACAUAUAUAUAUAUUUUUCCUUAUUUUUUUCUUCGUACUUUAAUUUAGCAAAUUUCUUGCGGCGUCCAACGAGAGAUUUGAUUUUUAUUUCUCACCUUAUUUUUCAUUCUCUCUAAACGUUUCCUUCGCCGCGUCACCAAGCAUUCAACGAUUAUGAACUGAGACAAUGAAGUCGAUCGUGGUCCAAUUUUUGCGCGUGUCUCUUGUAACUUUGAAUUUUUCUUCUCUACGACUUUUCCAUUUUCUUCUGUCGCUCGCCGAUAGCCAAUCGCUCUUUAUCUUUGCUCCUCCGUCGGCUGCGCGUCUCUACGUCGUCAUCUCCAUCGCUGCGCCGUUUAACGUCAACGUCCGUCACGACUCGUUUACGCGACUCUUUCUUUUUUUUUUAUUCCCACGAGAACUGCCAAUCACUGAACGGCCACUGCCACGAAACGUAGAUAAGUAAGAGACAACGCGAUUAAUUUCAUUGUCAUCACGCGCGACUGGCAAUUCGGCCUCAAUUAAGAAUAUCGUUAGCCAUUGGUUUAAGGAUUAUUAUUUUCUUCACUCUUUCCCUUCUGUCAUUCACACUCAGGUUCCUCAAACGUCACGCGUUAACACGCUAAAUUAUCCUUCACCGAUUGUUCAAUGUAUUAGACAGCUUUGCAUAUCCGUACGAACGAUUCGUUUUCGCUUGGUAGGCAAACAAAGACGUAAUCAAAGAUUUAAAAGAAAAAUCGAAUUUCAUUUAUUCACAUUGAAACGCAUAUGCAAGUACCGUCAGUGCCAUAAGCAUCCUUCCUCUCGCACAGUUUGGCUUUUCGUGGCGCUUACGAAUUACGAGGGUUUAUAUCUGUCUCUUUUGUAUAUCCUGUACACGCCUUAUUGUAAUUUCCUGCGAAUUGUCGAACCGAAGUAAUGUUUUCUUUUAAUUUUUCAACCAAUACGUUCGUUCCCGUCUACUGACGUAUCACUGUGUUAUAUCGGUUGCGUAGAAAUCAGGCCUCUGCGAGCCACCGUGGGACCAAUAGAUUACGUUUACUUACUAACCAAUCACAGGGCGUCACUACGCGAAUCCGAUUAUCUUUGAUCUGCGACACAAUCUUGCACGAUUAUUAGUAACAACCUUUGUUGUUGUUCGGAAUGGCUGUGCCAGUACAAAAUUUCGUACACGGACCCCCUCGUCAAUUCGUUUGCGCUUGAUCUCGAGGAAUGAGCGACAGCAGCGACAACAGUGCAGACAGUAACGAGUAUCAGUAUCGCUAAGAAUUAAUGUUAAUUGUACGUGGAUAAUAUAUUGUUGUGAGACGACAAAAAUUUAUUUAUAAACGAGCGAACCCCGUGCGAGAGACUGAUUAUUAUUUUUUGUUAGAAGUUAAAUAUUUUUUUUUUUCCUUUAAAUUUGCCUUUUUAAAUUUUCCCACGGGUGCGUUGCCUUCGUUAGUUCUCUUAAUCAGCUUUUAUUUCUUUACGUUACGUUCGUUAACGUUGUCGAUGCUGUUGCCAUUGCCAUCCUUUCGCCUCUCAUUUAAUAUCUAAUUCUUUAUAAUCGUAAAUUCAUUUUUUUCCCAACAGGACACACAGUACACACACACGUAACACGAUGGAACACACGUGCGGUGCGGUCCGGUCAAAAAAAAAGAAUUCCCACCACGAUCCUAGAUUUUAAGAAUACUUUUCCAACGUAUUGAUAAUUCGAUCAUCCUUCAUUGUAAUUCCUCUUUGUAUUCGCUAAUUCAUUCAUUUCCUUUUCUUACGAAGACUGCGAGUGGACCAAUACCCGCGAAGAGUGUCACGUCCCUUUACCGAUUAAUUCUUUUCGUUGAUAAUUGCGAGCGUCGCUGCUCUUUCCUGUUGUAAUAUGAAAAGCAGAGAAGUGAAAAGAGAAAUAAGAGAGAUAUACUGCUCUUACCAACGAGUCCCUUGCGAGAUUGCGCAAUGCCGGAUAACUAUUUUUUAAUUUUGUGAUCCCUUGUAAAUUUACAAUUAAAUAUUGAGAUUCGUCGAUAGGAUAUGUUGCGUUGGAUUUUUCGAGAAGCCUGCGAGCACGUGUUCUUUUAUUAAUUUCGAUUUAGAGUAUAAGAUGGAAAUUGAGGAAGGAGAAGGAAAAAUAGAGAGAAUAAGAUAUGACACUUAUGCAACAAUUUAAUUCUUGUUUUCACUUUUUUUUUUUUCUUCUAUUGUCCUUCUCUCCGAUUCUUUUGACUUUCUUUUCCUGUUCCUCUUCAAUGCAUUAAACGAUUCGUUAAUCCUUCCUAUAGAGUUACGGUGUGCGCCUACGCUUGCGUGCGUACGCGUAAGCGGUCCAAUUCUUCGUGAACAUUCGUAAGACGGUAUAAAAGUUCUUUGUCAUGUGUAAAGUAGCCGUACAGAAGAGAAGAGCACGUAAUGGAAAGAAGAAAUAAAGAAAUUUAUAUGAAUGGUACAAAUUACGUUAGUAAUUUUGCGUUAGUAAUUAUUUCAAACGUCCUGGAUUGGCCAAAACAUCAUUAACGAAUCGAGGGAUAAUUAAUAAAUUGAAGGCGCACGCGAUACGAAAGAAAAACAAAAUUUUUGUCGCAACCUCAAAAUAAAAAAAUUUUCCUUCCCCUGUCUCAACCCAAUUUAGUCCCUCGACUCACCAAUUUUAGUUAUUUUUUUCUUCCUUCUUUAUCCACGAUUGACUGUACCAGUGUUUCACGUGUUAAUAAUUACAACAAAAAACACUCAACACAAGCACACGGUCACCUCGCAUGUCCCAGCACCUGAUACAACAUUUAUAGAAACAACGGAACAUUUAAUUUAUCAAUGCCUAGAACGGUAGGGAGAUUAGAGAGAAAGAGAACAGAAUAUUACAAGUGAUAACGAUACUGAUAAUAAUAAUGUUAUUAAAGUGCACGAACGAAGAAAAUAUUUGAAAAAACGCCAUAACGAGACCACAUUUUAAACGAGACGUUGGAUUUUGUAGGGGAAUUUUUCUAGGGAAUUUUUUGCACUAUAGCGACAGUACCGUAUUUAAUACCUAGGAUGCUAACUACUAUUUCUUAUAUGUAAGACAGUGCUGUGUAACAUACUUACGUAAGCUGAAAGCAAAAGAGUAAAAACGAUAUUUCUUACAGCUAACGGUAAAGCUAGACAAGAAGAUUCUAGUGGGAUUUUGUAUGUGAUUCGCUGUGCGGCGGGAAUGGUUUGAAAAUUACUAUGACGUGAUGGUUCGUUGGGCUGAUUAACGUAUUACGAACGGAAACGAAUGAAGCUACCGACUGGUUUCUGUCUGUACGAAAUUGGCCUACGUGUUGUCACGACUCGAAAAGACGGGCAAUGGUUACCAAUGAGAAUCGUGGAAUUUCUUUGAGGGAUCUCAGUGAGGUUAACGACGGCGAUGCUUGCGUGAAAUUCCACGAGAACGAAGGACUGCCAAUCGGACGAAUGCGAAAAGCGCGGGUAAGCAAUCUCGAAAGUGACGCGUUUGAAUCUUUGGCCGCGCAUGUUUUUUUCAUUUCAUUGUAAGAAACGGGUCGAGAAGGACGCGCGCGCGCUAUUUAUUACAAAGGGACGUGUGCGAAUCGAGCGAAUCGUAUGUGAGAAGUAACAAACAAAAGAAAAGUGAUGACGAGUGACUGCGUGUAUGUUUGCGCAUGCGUGCGCGAGAUUAACUCAAUUUAACGGCACCUACACUAGUAAUUUUUUUUUUAUUAAAUAAGAGCGUCCUGUAAAUAGAAAUUAAAUGAGUGAUAAUGUGAGAAUUAAAGCACUGUGAGAAUAAGUUUUACAGAAGCAAAAAGAAAAAAAUAGCUGUUUUCGGUGAGAAAUGGAGGAAUAAAAUUUUUUAAAAAAGUCAAAUUCCGUGCGAUGGCGUCGCGUAAUCUUGUAUCAUAUGCGUUGCAAGCGCGACAUGAAUUAUUUUGUCACGUGAGAAGGGGAUGCAAAAGAAAGCACGGGAGACAAAAGCAUGUGUGCGAAAUAGAGAGAAAAUUUUUUUAAAAAACAAAAAUGUUAAGAAACCAAAACGUUACCAUAUUUUUGCAGUAUAUAAAUUUCUUGAUCGCUCCACGGAGUGCUAAUGACAAAGCAUCAGGGGAUCGAUACCUGAGAUUCCGGUUGUGUAAUGACAAGUGCUAAAAAUUUAGAAAUUUUAUAAAAAAAAAAACGAAAGAAAAGGAAAAAAGAGAAAACAGAACAAAUUAAGAAGAAAAGCAAAAAAUGCCUCAACCGCUUUUCUUUUGUCCUCCCUAUACGUAUAUGGUUACGUCGAUUUAAUCGACGAUUAUCAUCAAUAAAUUAAAUCGAGCGAGAGUCAUCUAUCGGACGAGGAAAAAUAUUAAUUUUGAAAAAAUUACAAAAAUAUUUCGAAUGGUACAAAAAAACAGACACCCCUUUCUAUUUGCAAUGAGUAAGCUUUAUAAAUGCGGCUUUCUGGUUUUCACGAUGCUCUCGUUACGGUACUUGUCGUAUUACAACAGCAAAAACGAACGCUUGCACCGAGCAAGCGCAACGCAUGGGAAUCGUGUGGGUUCGAGAGGAGAGCAAAAGAAAAGUACGAAAAAAAUAAAAUAAAAUAAAAGAGGGCUUAAGAGACGCGUAAAUUAUGUACAAAUAUGUGAGGAGGGAAGAGAAUUGCGAUUCGCGCAUGCGCAUAAAAAAUAAGUAACGUCGUAAGAUUAUUAGACCCAAUGAUAAACACGAAGGCGGGUAUACCGAGUAUAGCGUGAAAGUUGAGACGUAACAGAAGCGAAGGAUAAAUAACUACGAGGAUAAAGGUGGAGAAUUAGUUUCAAGAAAAAGGGGAUAAGAUAUUGUGAGAUAUCGAACUUAUUUUUCGAGAGCUCGUUCACGGCUACACACCGCUUGUAAAUACGGUAUUAAAUGCGUAUAGGAUAUUGAAACACGCAUAGGUAUAACUAUUAUAAAUGGUGUUUGCAUUUAUUAUAAAUUCUAUGUAAAGAGGGAUGAUUUAACGUGGACUCGAAUGAGAAUGACGAUAAGGAUAAGGAUAAGGUUAAGAAUGAUGAUAAGGAUAGAGGUACGACCAAGGAUACUUAUCCGAGGAUCAUGGAGAGGGAUGCAUGUAAAUUUCGAAGAUGAAGACUCUCAGUUUAUGGCAUUUGCGAGGAUAGUGCAAAACCUUUGUGGAAUCGAAAGAUCGAGGCGUGAUUAUGAGAGAAUAAAAAAAAUCGAAAAUUGAAAAAAAGCGCACCAAAAAUUUUUUUAACUUCAAAAAAAUAAUUUUUUCGUACUUCACGAGAUAGAUAAAAAUUCAAACAAUUUUUUACAAAAAUUCUUCAAAUCUAACUAUCAAAUGAGUAUCGCCUCGAUCCACAAUCAAUAAGGUCGCCAUUCAAUGUGGACUACGUAAUCAUGUAUAUUCGUUUCUUUAGUUAAAAUUACUCUUCACUUUUAUUAUACCCUAUACCGCAAAUGCUCUAAAUGUCUAGUUAGAGAAACGCUUGUAAUGUAAAGAAAUGGUAGAGAGGAAAAGAAAUAUUGUAUAGGACGAAUAUACGAUUAGCCAUAGGGUGAGAGUGAGUGCGAGAGAGAGAGAGAGAGAAAGCGCGAAUUCAAGUAUAUGAACGCCUGUAAGUAUCAGAUCCACGCGACGCAAUAACGAAUAGUUCAAAGUGAAUUAAUCGAAGGUCGUCGUGAUCGAGUCGUUAAAUAAAAUUGAUGAUAAAAAUUUUUUUUUCGAAAAAAAAAAUAUAUACGUUUACACGCGUUUCAUGGAUUUUGUUGAAAACUGGAAAGCCCUACAUUUAACGAAUAGACGUAGAUACAUAUGUGCGUGCAUAUGUACAUAUGUGUACACAUGUGUACCUCAGGAUUGGUAUGAGUGGGUGUGUGUGUGUUCGCGCUCAUUACGCUGUCUUUAACUAUACACGAGUUUCCCGUAAACGUUUUCAGGGUUUUUUAGGUAAAUGCGAACAAAAAAAAAGUAAUGACGCUCGGUUUAAAUUACACGAACACGUAAAAAAAAUGGCGACGAUCAUUUCCAGUAUGAAAGGAAGUAAACGUGUAAAAGUCGGAAGUGGCGUUUUUUAUAUUCUUUGCUGAAUUCUGUGAUUUAAUCGUCGCGCGAUAAUUUAUCGAGAUGAAAUAUAUUGAAAAAAAAAAAAAAAAAAUGGCGAUGAUC